GUGGAGGACCAUGCUAGCUGAGGAGCGCUCACGCUGCCAGGUGCCCGGCUGGCCCUGGACGCCCGUCCUGCGCGUCGCCUUGCUGCUGCUACUCACUGGCACGGUGAUGUACUCCUUCUUCCACUGCCUGCGCUUCGCCGGGCAGCAGCAGCUAGAUUCAGCUGUGUGGGACUUAGCUGAGCUCCAGCUAAAUCACACAGGAUCCCGGGAGGACCCGAGGCUGCGCUGGCAGGGGGGCCCGGCCCUGGGUCGCUCCUUCGUGCACGGGCCGGAACUGGACAACGGGCAGCUGCGUGUGCAGCGCAGCGGAAUCUACAGGCUGCACAUCCAGGUGACGCUGACCAACUGCUCCUCGACGGCCAGGCCGCACAGCGCCACCCUGACGGUGGGCAUCUGCUCCCCCGCCGCCCACAGCAUCAGCCUGCUGCGUCUCCACUUCGACCGCAGUUGCUCCGUUGCGUCCCAGCGCUUGACGCCCUUGGCCCGCGGGGACGUCCUCUGCACCAACCUGACUCUGCCCCUGCUGCCCUCCGGGAACGCUGAUGAGACCUUCUUUGGGGUCCAGUGGGUACACCCCUGACCAUUCCUGACCCAGCUUUGCUGGGAGUGAUUUUAGUCUUUUUUCUUUUCUUCCAUAGUAUUUUAUUUUAUUGUAUUGUAUUUUAUUGUAUUUUAUUUUAUUUUUUGAUACAAUUGCAAAGGCGAUUGUUUUCUUAAUCUCUGUUAAGAGAUUUUUUUUUUAUGUAGAAUUUAUUGCUUUGCUUUAGUGAAUUUGUUUUUAUUUUAGUGAAUCUGUUUACUAGUUCCAGUGUUAUUUUUAGAAUUUCUAUUGACCUUUUUUG